CCCCCUCCCCAUCCCAUUGAAGUUUCCAGUAUGGAAAUCGAAGUGGAAAGGAAAGGAACCUUCAAGGUAGAAGCGUUGCGAGAGAUCGAACGUCAAGUUCAGAAACGUUGGGAAGAGGACAAAGUUUUUGAGGUGGACGCUCCAGAGAAAAACGAUGGGAAGAAGUUUUUUGUGACCUUCCCCUACCCAUACAUGAAUGGUCGCCUCCACUUGGGCCACACCUUCUCUCUGUCCAAGAAUGAGUUCAUUAUGGGUUAUCGCCGCCUCCAAGGCAAAAGAUGCCUGUGGCCAUUUGGUCUCCACUGCUCAGGAAUGCCAAUCAAGGCCUGUGCUGACAAGUUACAGAGAGAGAUCCAAGAGUUUGGUUAUCCUCCAGUGUUCCCUAAGACGGUGGCUAAGGAGGAGGCUCCUGUUGACAAUGAGCCCAUCAUCAAAGACAAGUCCAAGGGCAAGAAAAGUAAAGCAGCAGCAAAGGCGGGUGGGGCUGACUACCAGUGGCAGAUCAUGCAGUCCCUGGGCCUGAAGGAUGAGGAAAUUAAGAACUUUGCCGACGCUGCGUACUGGCUGGAGUACUUCCCUCCACUGGCCAAACAGGACCUCCAGAUGAUGGGGCUCAAGGUGGACUGGAGACGUACCUUCAUCACCACUGAUGCCAACCCUUACUACGACUCCUUUGUGCGAUGGCAGUUCCUCACACUCAAGGACAGGAACAAGGUCAAGUUUGGCAAGAGAUACACAAUUUUCUCACCAUUUGACAAGCAGCCUUGUAUGGACCAUGACAGGCAGACUGGAGAGGGAGUUGGACCACAAGAGUACACACUUAUCAAAAUGAAAGUGAUGGAACCAUAUCCACCAAAGCUUAGUGGUUUGAAAGGAAAGCCCAUCUUCCUUGUUGCGGCAACCCUGCGUCCUGAGACCAUGUACGGGCAGACCAACUGCUGGGUCCGUCCCGACAUGCCGUACGUGGCGUUCCAGACCGUCUGGGGCGAGGUGUUCAUCAGCACCAGGAGGGCGGCGCGCAACAUGGCGUACCAGGGGUUCACAAAGGAUGAUGGGAAGUACGAAACGCUGGUGGAGCUAGUCGGGCAGGAUAUCAUGGGUGUGGCCCUGAAAGCGCCCCUGACCAGCUACGACAAGAUCUACACCCUCCCCAUGCUCAACAUCAAAGAGGACAAAGGAACAGGCGUGGUCACCAGUGUGCCUUCAGACGCUCCUGAUGACUUUGCUGCCCUGAGGGACCUCAAGAAGAAAAAGCCAAUGAGAGAGAAGUUUCAGGUGACAGAUGAAAUGGUUCUGCCCUAUGACCCAGUACCAAUCAUCGAGGUCCCAGGGUUUGGUAACCUGUCUGCAGUGACCGUUUGUGACCAACUAAAGAUCCAGAGUCAAAAUGACAAGGACAAACUGGCCGAGGCUAAAGAAAAAGUCUACCUGAAGGGCUUCUAUGAAGGGGUGAUGCAGGUAGGAGAAUACAAGGGCAAGAAGAUCCAAGAUAUCAAGCAGGAUGUCAAGAAGAAAAUGGUUGACAAGAGGGAGGCUGUAGUGUACAUGGAACCAGAGAAACAAGUCAUGUCCAGGUCUGGGGAUGAGUGUGUGGUGGCCCUGUGUGACCAGUGGUAUCUUGAUUAUGGUGAAGAGGGAUGGAAGAAACAAACAGCUACAGCACUGGAGCAGAUUGACACGUAUACAGAUGAUGUGAGGAAAAACUUUGAGGCAACACUUGACUGGCUCCAUGAGCAUGCCUGCUCCAGGUCCUAUGGACUGGGUACAAAGAUGCCGUGGGAUGAGCAGUACCUUGUAGAGUCCCUGUCUGACUCCACCAUCUACAUGGCCUACUACACAGUGGCACAUCUACUGCAGGGAGGAACCUUCAAUGGCUCCAAACCUGGACCACUGGGAAUCAGACCAGAGCAGAUGACCAGGGAAGUGUGGGACUAUGUGUUCUUCAAGUCGGCACCCUUCCCGAAAACGGACAUUCCCAAGGACAAACUCAACAGGAUGAAGAGAGAGUUUGAGUACUGGUACCCCGUGGACCUGAGGGUGUCAGGGAAGGACCUGGUCCCUAACCACCUGACAUACUUCCUGUACAACCACUGUGCCAUCUGGCCAGACAGCAAAAACAAGUGGCCACAAGGUAUAAGAGCCAAUGGACAUCUGUUGCUGAACUCUGAAAAGAUGUCCAAGUCCACUGGAAACUUCCUGACCCUGUCUGGUGCCAUCGAGAAGUUCUCUGCAGAUGGCAUGCGUCUGGCGCUGGCUGAUGCCGGUGACACCGUGGAGGAUGCUAACUUUGUGGAGAGGAUGGCCGAUGCCGGGAUCCUGCGUCUGUACACGUGGCUGGAGUGGGUGAAGGAGAUGCUCGCCAGUAAAGACACCCUGAGGGGGGGUCCACCCACUAACUGGUCUGAUAGGGCCUUUGUCAGUGCAAUGAACAAAGGUAUCCUAGAAACUGCUACCAGGUAUGACAGGAUGAUGUUCAAGGAGGCUGUCAAAACUGGCUUCUAUGAGUUCCAGGCUGCGCUAAGUAAGUACAAGGAGAUAGCGACAGAAGGCAUGCACCGUGAUCUGGUGUUCAGGUUUAUCGAGGUGCAGACCCUGGUACUGGCACCCAUCUGUCCUCAUCUCUGUGAACACAUCUGGGGGCUGCUGGGAAAGAAAGAGUCCAUCAUGCUGGCGGCCUGGCCCCAGGCAGGUCUAGUAGACGAGGUGAUGAACGAGGCGCUGGACUACCUGAUGGACGUCGCACACGACUUCCGCCUCCGGCUCAAGAACUUCUCGGAACCAAAGGGCAAGAAGGGUUCCAGCCAGCCGCCCGCUCAGCGCCCCACACACAUGACCAUCUGGGUCGCUAAGACCUUCCCCACCUGGCAACACCUGACCCUCAUGACCCUCAGGAAGAUGUACGAGGAGAACAACAACAGCUUCCCUGAGAACAAGGACAUUGCCAAGGCACUGGGAGGGUUGGAGGAGUUGAAGAAGUACAUGAAGAAGAAAGUCAUGCCCUUUGUUGCCAUGGUCAAGACCAAUGUGGACAAGCAGGGCACCAGAGCCAUGGAUGUGACCCUGCCGUUUGAUGAGAAGGCUGUCCUGGAGGAGAACAUGAAAUACCUGCUCAACACACUAGAGCUGGACUACAUUGAUGUGAAGUUCUCCACAGAGGCAGAAGAUAAGGUGAAGGAGGAGUGUUGUCCUGGCAAGCCUCUCAGUAACCUCUGGGUCGAGCCUGGGGUAGAAGUGCUGUUUGUGAACCCUCAGCAUUCCAGCGGUCAUUUCUCCUGGACCCUGACUGUCCGUCAGGGGGACACCACCGACAAGGUGCUGGGACGCAUCAUGCGCAUGGAGAGGGGUAUCAAAGAUACCACUCAAGUCAAGCUGAUGCGAUACGAUGACCCUCUUGUGGGGCCCAGAACUAUCCCUGUUUUCAACCAACCAGAGCUGGGGAAAACUGCCAUCCCCGAGUCUUCUGUCUUCAACGUGAACCUGGAAACUCAAAAUGUCUCUGUGUCUGAAAAUGGGAAAUCUGUUGAUGUGGGGAAAACUCUGGUGUAUAUUGUACAAUGAAAGGAUUUCUAGAUCUCCAGGCAUUAUUUAACAUGUUAUAAUUAAGGGUUAACGACCUGCCAAAACUUAAUGUUUUCAUGUUUUCUCUCUUCACAAUGGUUGUUUCUGGCCUACCUUUUUGGGUCACCCGAGGUCAUAUGCGGGUGAUUAUUGGGUUGUUUAAUGUAUGGAUUGGGAUGAAUAAAUACCCGGUUUUGACUCUAUUUGUGACA